UUCGGCUCCCCACAAAGAAACCGCUCUGACGCGGCUCUGCCAGUGCGCGAAGCCCCUCCUCCCCCACUCCAUCUCCACGAGACCACGACCCUAGCACGCCGCAAACUGCCGCCUCCCCGUCGCCGCCGCCGGCGGUCGCCUCACGGGAUUCCCAUUCGCCCGCAACUUCAUCUAGGGUCAAGAUGGUUGAGCUCGCCCAAAACUAUCAUGAGCUGGAGAAGUGUACAGAAGAUAUUCUCUCUGUAAUCAAGCCGACGGAGGACGAUCGGAACAAACGACUACAUGCGAUUCAGGAGCUUGUGAAUUCCAUCUAUUUAGUCAGUUCCUUGCGAGAUGCUGCUGUCAAACCUUUUGGAUCCUUUGUAUCAAAUCUGUACGCAAAAUCAGGUGAUUUGGACGUAUCAGUUGAGCUGCCAAAUAAGUAUGGCUUCCCUACAAGCAAGGAAAAGAAGCAGGAUGUCUUGAGAAAACUAAUGAUAGCUUUACAACUUGAAGGUGUUGCUAGAGAUGUUAACUUCAUUCCUGCUGCAAGAGUUCCAAUUCUUCAGUACGUGAGCAACCGCUUUGGCAUUUCAUGUGAUAUAUCUAUCGAUAACUACACUGGUCGAAUUAAAUCCAAAGUGUUGUACUGGAUCAGUACUAUAGAUGAGCGAUUUGGUGAUAUGGUUUUAUUGGUCAAGGAAUGGGCAAAAGCUCAAAACAUUAAUGAUCCAAAAAAUGGAACCCUGAACUCCUAUUCGCUUUGCUUACUUGUUCUUUUUCAUUUUCAGACAUGUAAGCCUGCAAUUUUACCACCUUUGAAGGAGAUUUUUGAUGUGGACAUUCCAGAAGGAAGGGCGUUUAAUGAAAAAAGUCUUGACAAGGUGUGUGUGGAAAAUAUAGCAAAAUUUCGACGCAAAGACACAGGGCAAAGAAAUCAGAGCUCUCUGUCCCAUCUCCUUGCAACUUUUUUUGAGAAGUUUUGCCAGAUUGAUACCUAUUCUAGUGAGCGUCGUAUAUCCACUUACACAGGUGAGAUCAAGCGCAGCCUAUAUUGGGGGACCAGAUACUGCUGCUUGUUUGUGGAAGAUCCAUUUCAAAGAUCUGAGAAUGCAGCUAGAACAGUUGAUAUGCUUGAGCUUCCACGUAUUUCCAGAGCCUUUACACGCGCCAAAAAUAUGAUCUCUGAUAGCCGCGCUGACCGGAAUGAAUUGCUUUCGCUGCUGUGUACGCCUGAAGUUGGUUCAAAACUAGGUGUAGCAGCCACGGCUGGCCGUUACACAAAUCCUGGAACGAGUCAUCUGCAGCACGGACUGAGGGGAUUUCUGGCAGCUAAUGGGUACCGUGAUCAGUAUGACCAGAGAGCCAGAGGAUCCACAGGAAGCAGACCAACUCACAGUUCAGGCAGAGCAGCUAAACCGUACGAGAGUCAGCAGCCGAACUGUCAACAGAUGUAGUACCCAGCCGACUGAUGUGUAGUUUAAGCCCGUGGUUAGGUCGGUUCUAGGAUCCAAAACUUGUAUUGGUUGAGGAGGAACCUUCCUGGAAACUCUCCUCCAUGCAUGUGCUGUGAAAGACAUUGGGCGUGAUCAGAAUCAAACUUAUUUAUUAUGAACCGAGUAUUAGAGUGCCAGCAAUUGAUA